AUGAUCAACAUUUGGUCAUUUCUGUUCAUUCCAACAAUUCUGCUGUUAUACCUAGUUAAUGGCCAAACUCACUUGUACCAGGAACUGGACGAUCACGAUAUUAGAUUGACAGCACUCGAGAAAAUUGUGUUGAAUUUGACCACGUCAUGUACCAAUAUUCAACAACAUUACGAAGACGUCAAACAGGAAAAUGGAUUGUUGAAGACUGUAGUUCUGAAUUUGACAGCCAGGCUGGAGGCUUUGGAGCAACAUGCUGGUCAGACAAACAUGGGUGGCCAGAUGAACAUGGGUGGCUCAUCUCAACACGUUUCCUUACCGACAUCGCCGACAAAUACUAUAUCAACAUCAUCAAACCACAUUACUCUACCACAAACAACUUCUACCAAAAUACCUAGAGAUUGUGCCCAUGCCCAGAGAAUGGGUUCUGUACAGAGUGGAGUAUAUACCGUACAGCCUCAGGAUUCAGCCAGGACAUACAACGUUCACUGUGACAUGGACUACGAUGGCGGUGGUUGGACUACAAUACAGAGACGUGUGGAUGAAUCGGAAAGUUUCGAGAGGAACUGGAAUGACUACAAAGGCGGUUUCGGAAAUAUUUCUCAAAAUUUCUGGAUCGGCAACGACUUUCUUCAUGCCUUGACAAGUCGGGGUCAUAUGACACUGUACUUAAAGUUAGAAGACUGGGACGGAGUAAGGAAGUGGGCCGAGUACAAGGACUUCCAAGUUGGCAACGAAGGAAGCGGGUACACUCUUGGUGUAGGAAAGUAUACAGGAACUGCAGGUGACUCCUUCCUUUACCCUGCCUCAUCACUCCUCCGUCAUGAUGGGAUGAAAUUCAGUACACCAGACCGUGACGAAGAUCACAACUUUCAACAUUGUGGACGUCUCCUUAAGUCCGGAUGGUGGUUCAACAGUUGUUACAGUUCCAACUUGAAUGGUCCCUAUUUGUCUCAGCCUCGAGGAAAUCACAUAUAUGGCGAGUCCUGGGGUCAGCCAUCCAUGGACGGGACCGGCAUUGAGUGGUAUCCAUGGAAAAGACAUCAGUAUUCAUUUAAGUACUCCGAAAUGAAAAUCAGACCGACAGAUUUUGUCUGA